UAUUAGCAGUAAGUACACUCUCCUAAAUGUAAUAGGGACACAACGCCUCACCGGUAAACAACAAGGCGCCUCCUGUUAACACGCUCGUUUUGGAUGCGUUGACGGCAAAGCUGUCAGUAAACUGGCAGUCCAACUAAAUGCUCCAGUGAAGCCCGUCACAAAUAAGUUGGAAGCGGCGAUGUGUGCGCCGGCAGGUGACGACGCUCCUCCGGACACCGGCAGGCUUGCGCAGACUGGCUGCGAUUGUGGCAGCCCCCCUCGCUUGACUGUGUGACAGGGACCUUCCCCCGCUUGCCGAAGCCGCUCUUAUUUUGCAGCUGCUCGCUCGGCCGCGGCGAGCGACACGUCUCCGGUCUCGGAGGAUCAUUCAUCGGCCGUGACGAGGAUGAGCUGGGCUCGCAAGUUGACGUAACAAGAUUACAAUGAAAGGAUACAUUUUUCCCAGUGUUUAUGAAAGUCUCAGUACUGUACCGUCACCAGGGGGCAUCCAUACAAUAAUAUACUUCAGGAAACAUCAUUAGUUGAACAUUUGGAAAGAAAAGCGAGCAAAUUGAAGACUGAAGAAAGAAGAGGCGUGCGUGUGUAAUGCAAGGCGGCUUGCUCGGGUGGCGAUGGCAGCGGAGCAGCGCUGAAGCAGCGGGCUCUUUUCCGAGAUUUCUGCUCGUAAUUUUGUUGUGGCACAGGCUUUUGCAGCCGUUGUUGUGAAUUGAUCUAACAUGGCGACUGUACCCGUCUAUUGCAUCUGUAGAUUACCUUACGACGUAACCCGCUUCAUGAUCGAGUGCGAUGCCUGCAAGGACUGGUUUCAUGGCAGCUGUGUUGGUGUGGAAGAGGAGGAGGCGCCAGACAUCGACAUCUACCAUUGUCCAAACUGUGAGAAAACACAUGGAAAAUCAACGUUGAAAAAGAAGAGGAACUGGCACAAGCACGACACAGGACAGAAUGCAGAGGUGAAGCCAGUACAGAAUGGCAGCCAGGUGUUCAUUAAGGAGCUGCGAAGCAGGACAUUCCCAAGUUGUGAGGAUGUGGUGGUGAAGGUGAAUGGAAGCCAACUGACGUUAGACUACCUGGAGGAGAGGGGAUUUGCAGACCCCAUUCUGGUUCCCAAGAAAGAUGGCCUGGGGAUGUCUGUUCCAACACCGACGUUCUACGUAAGCGAUGUGGAAAACUAUGUGGGUCCAGAAAGAUUGGUGGAUGUGACAGAUGUGACCAAGCAGACAGAAAGCAAAAUGAAGCUCAAAGAGUUUGUGGACUAUUACUAUAGUACCAACAGAAAACGUGUGCUCAACGUGAUCAACUUAGAGUUCUCCGAUACCAGAAUGGCCAGCUUUGUGGAAAGCCCUGAGAUUGUCCGGAAGCUCUCUUGGGUUGAAAAUUACUGGCCUGAUGACGCACUACUCGGAAAGCCUAAGGUUACAAAAUACUGCUUAAUCUGUGUGAAAGAUAGUUAUACAGACUUCCACAUAGAGUCCGGAGGAGCGUCUUCUUGGUACCAUAUCCUCAAGGGGGAGACGAUCAUCUUCUUGAUCAAACCAACAUCCGCAAACAUAUCGUUGUAUGAGCGCUGGCGUUCUGCAUCCAAUCACAGUGAAAUGUUCUUUGCUGAUCAAGUGGACAAGUGUUACAAGUGUGCUGUGAAGCAAGGACAGACAUUAUUCAUCCCUUCUGGUUGGAUUUAUGCAACUUUGACCACGGUGGACUGUCUAGCUUUUUCUGGCCAUUUUCUUCAUAAUUUAAGCGUUGAAAUGCAGAUGAGAGCAUAUGAAGUGGAAAAGAGGCUGAAAAUCAAAAGCCUCACUCAGUUUGACAACUUUGAAACAGCAUGCUGGUACGUUGGGCGGCAUCUACUGGAUAGAUUUAAAGGUUUGCACAAAGCUGGGAAACAACUGGCCCCUCACCUGGUGCAGGGAGCCAAGAUCCUUAAUGGUGCUUUCAGAUCAUGGACCAGAAAACAGGCUCUUCUGGAACAUGAAGAUGAGCUUCCAGAGAAUAUGAAGCCUGCACAGCUUAUCAAAGACCUUGCCAAAGAGAUUCGCUUGACAGAGCAGAAUGCCUCUAAAGUAAUCAAGGUGGAACCAAGUGCCAUCCAUGCUAUGGAGGAGAAACCACUCAUAGAACCAGAAGAACCAAUUUCUCCAGUGCACAUCCCAACACCUCCCAGUGAGAAACCUCCUCGAAAGAAAGUUGCCAAGCUGCCAAAGUCUCCAAAGACACCCAAAAUGAAGGAAGGUGGCAAGAAAAAAGCCAAGAAGUUAAAAGAAGGAUCGGUUUCACCUGUUGUACCCACCCUUGACGUCCUGGAGGCUCACACAAAAGAAGCCUUGACCAAAAUAGAGACGGCAAAAAAAGUGAAGCCUCCGAAGCACGUUGCAAGUACGCCUGAAAAUGAGGUACUCGAUAAACCGAACAAUGCUAACAAAUUUGAGAUCCGAGAACAGAACAAAAACAAAACAGAAGCAAAAUGGAAAUAUAAGAACAGCAAACCGGACUCACUAUUGAAAAUGGAAGAGGAGCACAAACUGGAAAAAACACCUUUAUUAGGAAAUAAAGACAACAAAUCAGCAUUUUUGUUUUCUAACAAGAAAUUGCUAAGUUCUAAAGGCCUGAAACCACAGGCUAAUUCGGGAGUGUUCAGCUCAUUACAAAACUUAAAAGAAGAUCAAAAGAAAAUGGUGAGAGAUGAGUAUGAAUAUGUCUCUGAUGAAGGUGAGCUGAAGAUUGAUGAAUUUCCAAUAAGAAGAAAAAAGAAUGCCACCAAGAGAGAUCUGAGCUUUUUAUCAAAUAUUAAGGAGCCUAUUCAGCAGAGUAAGAAAUCAAAGCUUCAGCCACAUCCAACCAAGAGUGAUGAUUCAUCAGAUGAAGAGUCUCUACACAUAGAUACAGACGUCAAGCCUGAGGUCAAAAGUCGAAAUUCUAAGGUGAAAAAGGAAAGUGGGUCUGCUGCUGGAAUUCUAGAUUUGUUACAAGCCAGCAAGCAAGUUGGGGGAAUAGACUAUAGUACAAACAGCCAACCUCCUGCAUCUCCCAGCACACAAGAAGCUAUCCAGGGAAUGCUGUCAAUGGCUAAUCUUCAGUCAUCUGACUCCUGUCUAGAAAGCUCCUGGAACAAUAGCCAGUCUAAAAACAGCUUGCUUUCAAUGCAGUUAUCCAAGAAAUCCAGCAACAACAAGCAGCGUUCAGCCAAGCGCAUAGUCAAAAGAAGCACAAAAAGCAGCAGUUUGGACAGCAUCGAUAUGUUUGAUGAUGAGCAGGAUAAUUUGGAUGCCUGCUUCAAGGAUUCUGACUAUGUUUACCCAUCUCUUGAGUCUGAUGAAGAUAAUCCCAUUUUCAAGUCCAGGUCUAAGAAAAGGAAAAGCUCUGAUGACACUCCCUAUAGCCCCACAGCCAGAGUUGGUCCAUCAGUUCCUCGACAAGACAGGCCUGUCCGUGAAGGAACGCGAGUGGCUUCUAUAGAAACCGGACUGGCGGCUGCUGCGGCCAAGCUCUCCCAGCAGGAGCAACAUAAAACAAAGAAAAAGAAAAAUACCAAAAAGAAGCUAUCUUUAGACGAGACAAAUAAACUCUCUCAGGAAAGCAGCUCACCAGAACAGAAGUCUGAUUCACACCCGAGCAGCCUGGAUCAUGAAUACACAGCAGGCACAGUCAAGACACCAGGAGGCCCACAGCCCAUGGCUCCAGGGGUAUUCCUUACUCAGAGGCGGCCAUCAACGUCAUCUCAAAACAAUGCAUCCUCCAAAGCUAAGCGGCUGAAGAAAGGUAUGGCGACCGCCAAACAAAGGCUUGGGAAGAUCUUAAAGAUUCACCGGAAUGGGAAGCUUCUCCUGUAACACAGAGACUCUAAAGCUGGGACUCGUUCACAUCUCAGGUUUAAUAACCUGGUCCUGACCCUAAACUUGUUGUCAAAUGGAUUGAAAAUGGACUUCAGCAGCAAACUGUACCAUCUGGGGAGUGAAACAGGUUAUGUUUUCCAAUUUCUAAGAAGAAUAUAGCUCAUAAAAGAGGCAUUUGCCUUUACUUAUACAGGACUUUAUAACUUUCAGAUAUUAAAGUGUACAGAAUAUCCGCUAUAAA